AUGGACCCACCGAGAUUGAGCUUGUAUCUCGUCAACUUCGUCGAGUACCCGCCAACCUACAUCCCAUUGGCUAUCGAUGUUAGAACCCGCAGAGCUCAAUUCAACGUUCAUCUUCCGUGUGACACACUCCCCGCCGCGGGCUACCAGAUCAAUGCUGUUAAUGGCACCAAUGUUUACGUGAUCUACGCCCAGAGUGAGCACUUCAAGAUCUCCCCAAAUAUGAAGAAAGAAGAUUGCUUUCACGACGAUAUAAUUAUGCCGACUCCCACCAGCACAGUAUUUGUGACGGUUGCCCCUACAGCUAGCCCGACGCCAGCCCCUACUCGUACCCCAUAG